CGUUUUACUAUUUUACACUGACAUCGCCUCUCUCUCUCCGCCGUGAUUGUCAUCAAUUUUCUCUCUCUCUCCGGAUCGAUCUCUCUUUCUCACAAUGCAAUCAGCUGUAGCUCUUCCGUUCUCCCAAACUCCACUUACCAGACCCAGCCGCCUGCUCGGAUCAACCGGUUCCAUCUUCUCAACGCCGAGGAGUCUCCGGUUCUGCGGACUCCGACGUGAGGCGUUUUGCUCCUCGCCUUCGACUCAUCUGACUCUUCGCAGCGACCGAGUUCGCAUCCCAAGCACCAGAUUCAAAGUCUCCGCUGCUGCCACGACUAAUGGCGCUCCUCCGCCCAAGAGUUUCGACUACGAUCUGAUCAUCAUCGGAGCUGGUGUCGGCGGCCAUGGAGCUGCCUUACACGCCGUUGAAAAGGGACUUAAAACUGCAAUCAUUGAAGGAGAUGUUGUUGGAGGGACUUGCGUUAACAGAGGAUGUGUCCCUUCCAAAGCUCUCCUUGCUGUUAGUGGUAGGAUGCGGGAGCUUCAGAACGAACAUCACAUGAAGUCCUUUGGUCUUCAGGUUUCAGCUGCUGGGUAUGAUCGUCAGGGUGUGGCAGACCAUGCUAAUAACCUUGCUACCAAAAUUAGAAACAAUCUGACCAAUUCAAUGAAGGCACUUGGUGUUGACAUUUUGACAGGAUUCGGCAGUGUUCUGGGCCCACAAAAGGUUAAAUAUGGCAAGGACAAUAUUAUCACUGCCAAAAAUAUAAUCAUUGCCACUGGAUCUGUGCCUUUUGUCCCUAAAGGAAUUGAAGUUGAUGGAAAGACUGUUAUCACCAGUGACCAUGCCUUGAAGUUGGAGUCGGUCCCUGAUUGGAUUGCGAUUGUAGGAAGUGGUUACAUUGGUCUUGAGUUCAGUGAUGUUUACACAGCACUUGGAAGUGAGGUAACUUUUAUCGAAGCACUGGAUCAGCUAAUGCCUGGAUUUGAUCCUGAGAUCAGUAAGCUAGCUCAGAGAGUUUUGAUAAAUCCUAGAAAGAUUGACUAUCAUACUGGAGUCUUUGCUAGCAAAAUUACUCCAGCAAAGGAUGGGAAACCAGUUAUGAUUGAGCUUAUUGAUGCAAAAACCAAAGAACAUAAGGACACGUUGGAGGUAGAUGCUGCUCUUAUUGCUACUGGAAGAGCUCCAUUCACCAAUGGCCUUGGCUUGGAAAAUGUCAAUGUCGUGACGCAGAGAGGUUUCAUACCUGUCGAUGAGCGAAUGCGUGUGAUUGAUGGAAAUGGGAAACUGGUUCCCAACUUGUACUGCAUCGGUGAUGCCAAUGGUAAACUGAUGCUUGCACAUGCAGCCAGUGCUCAAGGAAUCUCUGUGGUUGAGCAAGUCACUGGUAGAGAUCAUGUGCUUAAUCAUCUAAGUAUUCCAGCUGCUUGCUUCACUCAUCCUGAAAUUAGCAUGGUGGGAUUGACUGAGCCACAAGCGAGAGAGAAAGGCGAGAAGGAAGGGUUUAAAGUUAGUGUUGCCAAGACAAGUUUCAAGGCUAACACAAAGGCUCUAGCUGAAAAUGAAGGAGAAGGAAUAGCCAAGAUGAUAUACCGACCUGACAACGGUGAGAUUCUAGGAGUUCAUAUCUUUGGGCUGCAUGCUGCUGACCUUAUCCAUGAAGCAUCCAAUGCCAUUGCUCUAGGAACACGCAUUCAGGACAUAAAACUGGCAGUUCAUGCGCAUCCAACAUUGUCUGAAGUUCUAGACGAACUGUUCAAAGCAGCCAAGUUCAAGUUUCAGGUUGAAGGUCACGCAACAACAAAGACAGUAAGUGAAAAAGUGGCUGUAUAAAAGCAACCAAAAAAAAGUUAUUGGAGGGGAAACUGAAAAGGGUUUUUGUUGAAGAAAGAAAAUUUGUGAUUGUACUUUAGGGAGAUGCGAAGAUAAAGCUAAACAUGAACGAGGAUGGUCCAAGAGGGCCUAGUGAUGAUGAGAAACAACCUUCAUUGAGUAAAGACUUAAUCGUUAGAUCUACAAGCCUGUCUUCUUUCGUUGAGGAUAUUUAUGCUCGAGUCAUGUCUCUCGUUUCACGUGUAUUUGUUUAGUAGUUUCGAAUAUGGACAUUGUGCUUUUGUUUUUAUGUGUGGAAGCUAUUAUUUAGUUUGGAUA